AUGAAAUUUUUGAUUUCCAUUUUUUUUAUAUUUUUGUUUAUAUUAUUUUCAUUUUUAUUUUCUAUUUUUCUUCUUUUCUUCUUUCAUUCCUUUUCUUCUUUCAUUCUUUUUCUUCGUAUAUUUCUUUUUCAUUUCCUCACAGUUUGUUCGUUACUAGUUGAGGAUUUCCUUAUCUUAGUAUUUAAUGAAGCCUCUCUUUUCUUUCUCUUUUCUUUUUUUAAUUCUAUUAGCGUCCUGUACUUCCUGCCAUCAAUUUUUAUCCUUAAUAGCCCCCGGGAUAUCCCUUGCUUCACAUAUCUGUUGCGUCAUAUUUAUUUUGCUUCAUAUCAAAGUUGCCGCAUAUAUCUGUUGCUUCAUAACUCCGUAACUUCAUAUAUCUUUUGCCUUUCAUUCCUGUUACCUCACAUAUCUGUUGUCAUAUCUCUAUUGCCUCACAUUUCUUACCUGAUAUCUCUUGCUUCACAUAUCUCUUGCUUCAUAUUUACGUUGCUUCUCAUCCAUUUUACCUUCUAUCUCUGUUCUCUCAUAUCUCUCUUGCUUCGUAUCACCGUAGCUUCAUAUAUGUUUUGCUUCCCAUUCCCUGUUACUUCACAUCUCUGUUGCUUCAUAUCUCCAUUACCUCGUAUCUCUCGCUUCACAUAUCAGUUGCCUCAUAUUUACGUUGCUUCCUAUCACUGUUGUCUCAUAUAUCUAUUGCUUCAUAUCUCCGUAAUUUCAUAUAAUUUUGCUUCACAUCCCUGUUACCCCACAUUCCUAUCGCCUUAUAUCUCUGUUGCUUCAUAUCUCUGUUACCUGAUAUCUUUUGUCUCACAUAUAUGUCGCCCCAUAUUUAGGAUGCUUCAUAUUCCUGUUACCUCACAUCUCUGUCGCUUCAUAUCUUCGUAG